UUAAAAACGCGAGUUGUGGCUGUAAACUUUAGCGAACAUAGUGUUCGUUUACAGCAGGGUUUAUUGGGGUAUUUUUUUUUUCAUUACCAGUUAAUCUGAAAUAAAGUGAGAAAUUACGUGUAUUUGAUAUAAGGUUAAUUGAAAAUGUAAAACCAGUGGGGAUAAAUGAAAGCUCUAUUAUAAAAUUUCCUUUAGAAACGAAACAAUGUUGCAUUUUGGUUGUCUGUAGAUUUGCGUCCAGCUGUGAUGAUUGAUUGCAGUGUGUCAGGAAUGGAUGAUGACACACCAGAUGAGGUCUUUGCUGACCUCAGACCGAAGCACCUCGGGGUCUGGGGUGUUGCUCAGAUAGCUGCAGGCACUGGGCUUGCGGUUUAUGCUAUGUGGGUGGGAUUCCUUCAGCCCGGCUUCAGAAAAGUCCCCUUAAGACUUCAGGUCCCUUAUAUACCUGCCAGCAGAGCCCAGGUACAAAAUGUAAUGACAUUGCUGAAAGGACGAAAGGGAGGUCUUGUGGAUUUGGGAUCUGGUGAUGGUCGGAUUGUCUUGGAAGCCCACCAGCAUGGUUUCAGUCCAGCUGUUGGUUAUGAGCUCAACCCAUGGCUUGUCCGGCUUUCUCGCUUCCAUGCGUGGAGAGCAGGUCACCAGGACAAAGUGUCCUACCGACGGGAAGAUCUCUGGAAGGUCGACUUGACAAAAUGCAAGAAUGUGACUGUAUUUUUGGCUCCCAGUGUGCUGUCGCUGUUGCAGAAGAAGCUGCAGGCUGAGCUUCCUGACGACGCCUUGGUGGUCGCUGGUCGUUUUCCCUUACCUGACUGGAAACCCUGCAGGAUUGAGGGACAUGGCGUGGACAGAGCUUGGGCAUAUAGCAUGCAGGCACACAAGCAGCAUGCCGUCAGAAAUGACACUGAACUAACCAAGGAGAAUGAAUCUUCUUGAUACUAUUUGAAUGUUUGGACUUUUUUCCUCCUAAAAUAUAUUUCUGGGAUUAUUUUUAUGUUGAUUUUCCUCUCCUGGAAACAAGGGAAGAGUGUGUGAAAAAAGAAAUUAAUUAAUUAGCAUGAAUAUUUAUAAAUUACUGUCUCAAUAAGGCACUUGUUUAAUAUGUAUUCAAAUGCAUUUGGGAGCAGAUGUUUCUGUUAUCAAGCAAAACACGACACAUUUGUUAUCAAACUCUAUCAACACUGAAAUACCAACCUACUUUUAAGUGUAUUUUUAUUUAUUUUAUCAUCUAUCAUAAAGUUUCCCCAGUGUUACCUACAUGCCACUGAAAUGUCAUUUUCUCUACCAGCAUUAAAGUAUUUUGAUUUUAUCAGUUAUAGUGUUAAUAUAAGUGUACAUGAUGAGUCAACUUCAGAGAAAUGCUUGAACCCCACAAUGCAACAAGGUUUUCACAAGCAGAGAAACUAUUACAGUGUUUACACUUGGAAUGGUUUUCGGAUGAUCGUGAAAAAUGUCUUGCGGGAAAACUCUGCCUCUGUUAGUGACUAUUGUUAGAUCAGGUCUGCUGUAUACAGUCACAGCAAAAAAGGUUUGUCAAUCGUUUCAGAUUUUCUAAUUUUCUGC